GUUUUUUUUCCCCUUGUAAAGGAAACCUGCAACAUUAUAAAAGUUAAGCUGGAUUCAGUUUAAGACAAUAAAUAUUGGAGGUGGGGUUAGAAUUACCAAAGAGGAAGCUGAAAUAUGAGCAUCAUCUGACCUUUAAACAGGAGGAGGUUCCCAAGUUAAAAUUAAACUGGACCCGGGAUGGCACUUAGUGUGGGCUGACGUAAAUGUUGCUAAAUGUCUUAAAACUAAGAAAAAGCAGGCAUAAGUAGCUUAAAUGUGCUGGUUGUUGGAGGACUGGGCCAUGAUUCAUUACAAACGCUGUUAAUUUGUGCACAAAGCUGCUCUACUGAGUACUAGAUAUGCUUCCAUAAAGCAGAAGCUGACUAAUUUGGAUGGUGCACAAAUGUCUCCACUUCUGGCUGGAGGUAUGCAGAUCAUUUUUCUUUGUUUUGUUUUUUUUGUAAGCAGCUUCUAGUUCAUAGAUCACGCCAGGUGACCUAAAUUGCAGUUAAGAUUGCAACAGUAUUUGCAUCCCUUCACAACCCCUGGGACUGUGUGCAACCCCUCUUAUCGUCCUCUAACCAGGAAGAUCCCCACCAGCCUGCGCUCCACAGCUGUUUCAGCUUGUUUUGACUGCAGCUCUUUACCUUGCCAUGUCACAACUCGCAAUUAUCUAAGCCUGGCAAGCCGCACUCAGGGCUGGAAGCUGAUAAACAUGACUGGAUCUUUCCCAACAGGAAGUUUUCUUCAUCAUCCACCUGCUUUCAGCAAGAACUCAAAGGGCAUCAAUGAACUUGUGUUGUCAACAUUAGGAGGAGAAGCAGCUUUUCCCUCCUCCACCUGAUCAGGGUUGUCUAAGAAGCAACAUCACAAACAGUUUGUAUUUGCCACAAUGACGUGUUGGCAGAUCAUCAGCAUGUGUACAGAGAGAAAAAUAAGCAGAGUGAGGAAGCGGUUCAGUCCUCUGCUGCCACUUGACAGGAAGGAACAGCUUCUGAGCUGUGACUUGCCAAAAGCUUGCCACUUUUAUCUUCAGCGUCUCUUUAAGAGCCGUAACACCUUUUGUUCUUUGGACUCUACGGAAAUUUGCUCUGCAUGCUGCCAGAAAGGGGGAACUAUACUAAGCCUCCUCCUGCCUCCCCCUCCUCCUCACUACUGAACAAUAUCCUCUUCUAAACCCAAACAACCCCCCCAAAAAUUUUCCUGUUAUCUUCUUGGUUUUAUUUGUGCCUCACACACAAACCCUGUGGAUGGUCGCGUCGGCAGAUGGUCCUCAGUUGCUGAGACGGGAGUGAGAAGGUGAAGACCUGGCUGGUCAUGGGAUGCUGCAGCGUGACUCAGAGGCAUACAGGAGUGGAUGAAGUUGGUCCAGAUGAGAUCGAACUGCUGGAACUCUCUGGAGAUAAUUUGGGUGUAUGGAGUCUGAGCGAAAACAGAGUCCAGCUUUCUGUGAGGACCAGCAGAGAUGAGCACCAGCUCCCACCACAGCUGCCAAGCAAAGCCUCAGUACGACUCCAGGAGCAGGAGGUGGUGCUGUGGGGCAGGACCAGAGAUGAGCUCCACCACAGGAUUUACUCUCAGCAGCCAAUCAGGGGCUGGGAAGGCCAACCUGCUCAUGUUUAUGGAGAGGUCAUCUAUUCCUCUCUGGUUUCACUCUAUACCAGCUACACACAGGAAACCAGUGAACGGUUCCUGUUGUUGUUCUCUUUUCACCUUCUGAUCCUGUCAUUGGACCACUCCAGAGAAGACUUCAUAUAUGAGGGUAUUCUUCCUGUUUCUGGGCUGUCUCUCCGAGCUGUAUCCCUGGAGCCGGACGUAUCCCAUUCACCACACAUGUUUGAGAUCAGCAGUCCAAUGAUGGACUCGAAGGUGUUUAUGUGUGCCAGUGCUGCAGAGUUAAAGAGGUGGAUGCAGAACAUAGAGGACAGGAGAUACAAGUCCAUGAUGCAACCCAUGAGUCCCUCCCACUGUGCUCUUUCUUAUCUUUUGCCUUGUGAUGAACAUUGGAAAAGAGAGGAGCUGAAAAAAUACUUGCUGCAGGCUCCCAUAUGGAACUGGGAGGGCUCGCCUAUACAGCACAUGGGUCAGCCAGGAUACAUCUCUAUUGUUCACAUCAUCAACACUCAAAGACAGGGUCUCCAGGAAAGACUGAUGGUUCUCUUUCCACAUGAUGUCCUGCUGCUUUCUGUGGACAGCAAGCGGCUAAAUGUAAAGUAUGAGGGCAGGCUGGCUCGACACAGCAUCAAAGCAGUGGAGCGCUCAGCUCUUCCUGGACGGCUAGAGUUUGAUCUGAGAGGGGAGCUGGUGGAGCCACUGCAAGUUUCCUGCACCUGUGAGGAGGAUUACCAGACCUGGAUUUUCCAUCUGCAGCAGCCAGACAGAGACAGCCACAUUUUUCUGAGUCGGCCACCUCCUCCGUUAGUGCCCAAGCUGCAGAGAAGCGGGAAGGAGUUCCAUGAUCCCAGCCUAUCAGACGCCCAGUAUCACAUCAACGGCUGGGGCUGACCCGCCGCACUCAGGAGAAUCUUUAUUAAUCCGCUGUAAAUAUAAAUUCAAACCGACAUGUAGAUAAAGUAUUUAUUACUUUGAUGUGUGCCAAAACAUAGUGGCAUGGUGGCUGGAAAAUUAUUCUGGCUGAUCAUUUCUUAGAACCGGAAAGGAAACCAGGCCAUGACCCGGUUUAGAGCAGAACAUACUGUAGCUGCAGAGAUGUUAGAUACACUGAUAAAAAAAGCUAGGAUUGAAGAAGUUGUACAUACCUGUAUGUAGAGCUUUACUAAUAAAGAUUUUU